CAAAACAUCGCCAUAGUAUGUUUAAUAAUUUCGCUAGCGGGGGAAGCUAGUUGAUCAUCUACAGGAGCGUUCGCUUUAACACAGUUUCACUCUUUUAUCGCAAGAUAAUACCCGUCUUUGUUAUGGCUGUACUUGUUUUUAAUUCGGCAUCACAAACGACAUACUUUUCGCUCAUCGUGUUACGUUUUAUUCUUAUCUGCGUCACUUUGCAUUGUAGCAGUCUGGUCGCUGCUACAAUGUAUCCGAGACCUAACAUUGUUUUAAUCCUGACCGAUGAUUUAGAUGUCUCAAUCGGUGGCAUGAUCCCUUUGGCCAAGACGAAAAAGCUGAUAGGUGCAGCUGGUAUAACGUUUACAAACACGUUUGUUGCCAGUCCACUUUGCUGCCCCAGCCGGGCGAGUAUCCUGACGGGCAAGUAUCCCCAUAACCAUCAUGUUGUCAACAACACACUAGAAGGCAACUGCAGCAGCAUGGCAUGGCAAAAAACCCAAGAGCCCAACAGCUUCCCUGCCUUCCUGCAGAAACAUGGAGCCUAUCAAACCUUCUUUGCUGGGAAAUAUCUCAAUGAGUAUGGCAACAGAGAAGCUGGAGGAGUGGCGCAUGUGCCACCAGGCUGGGAUCAUUGGUUUGCACUGGAGAGAAACUCAAAAUAUUACAACUACACACUGUCUGUGAACGGCAGGCCACAGCGACAUGGACAGAACUACAGUGAGGAUUACCUUACAGAUGUUCUGGCUAAUAUUUCCAUCGACUUCCUGGAAAACAAGUCGAACCGCAAGCCUUUCUUCAUGAUGGUGUCCACCCCAGCUCCACACUCACCCUGGAUGGCUGCCCCUCAGUACGAGAACAGUUUUCCCAAUGUCAAAGCUCCACGAGACCCUAACUUCAACAUACACGGCAAGGAUAAGCAUUGGCUCAUCAGACAAGCAAAGACUCCCAUGACAAACUCUUCUAUUGAAUUCUUGGAUAACGCCUACAGAAAACGGUGGCGCACUUUGCUCUCUGUAGACGACAUGGUGGAGAAAGUUGUUAGAAAGUUGGAGGUCAGGGGUGAGCUUAGCAACACGUAUAUCAUUUUCACAUCUGAUAAUGGUUACCACACAGGCCAGUUUUCACUUCCUAUGGAUAAGAGGCAACUGUAUGAGUUUGACAUCAGGGUUCCUCUUCUGGUACGAGGACCCAGUAUCAAACCCAACCAAACAAGCUCGUUACUCAUAGCAAAUGUGGAUUUGGGUCCUACAAUACUGGACAUAGCGGGAUACAACGUCAAUGAAACGCAGAUGGACGGCAUGUCUUUUCUUCCUAUCAUGAUUGGCACGGGGAACAGCAGCACGUGGAGAUCUGAUAUCCUCGUGGAAUACGAGGGAGAAGGUAGAAACAUCUCAGAUCCAGCCUGUCCUCUUCUGGGUCCAGGGGUCUCGGAGUGUUUUCCUGAUUGUGUGUGUGAGGAUUCAUAUAACAACACGUACGCAUGUGUACGCACCAUGUUGCAGACCGCUAACCUUCAGUAUUGUGAAUUUGAUGAUAAUGAGGUGUUUGUGGAGGUCUACAACCUGACUGCAGACCCCUUUCAGCUGACAAACAUCGCUAAGAGUAUUGAUCAGGAGGUCUUAGAGAAGAUGAACCAUCGAUUAAUGAUGUUGCAGUCAUGUUCAGCGCAGACCUGUCGAACGCCUGGCGUUUACGACUCGCAGUUUAAGUUUGAUCCUCGGUUAAUGUUCGCUAGCCUCAACACUCACAGAAAUAAACUGCGACAGACGGUCAAGUAGGUUGUUAUGGAAGUAAAGGCAGAAAAAGAAAUGACACAAAAGAGGCCUGAGAAACAAGCCUUUUUGUUGCCUUGAUAUCCUGAAGAUCCACAGAUGCACCUUAUCUGUCUUCUUCUUAUGAGAUCAUCAGGGUGAGCCCAGGGUCCUGCGGAGGACGACUUUCUUCAACUCAACCUUCUGACAUCUAUCACAUGUGAUCCAGAAAAAGUAUUAACGACAUAUUCAUGUUUUUAGUUCAUUUUUGCUGCUUUCAGAUUAACACACGUGUUUGAGAACAUUUCAAAUAUUGUAGGUCUUUUAACAUUCAAACAUGCACAGUUUUGCAAUCCUCUUGAAAUUAUUGGAUUAUCAAGAUUACCUUUUACGCCAUUACUUCUCACAUAUUUGUUUAUGAAAUAUACUUGCCUGUAACAAUGUUUAUAAGUUCUAUUUUUCUGCUUUGUUUAAAAAUUGAAUUAACAUACGUGGUCAACAUCGACACAAGAACCUGUUUCUGUUUAAGGCAAAAUGUUAUAAUUCUACAAAUUAACAUGAUAUUGUAUCUCAAAAGGGAUAUCAAAAUUAAUGGCAAACAAUUGCAUUGGCGUGAACACUUCAGUUCUAUCACAGCAUAAUGAUGCACUAAUCAUAAGUGUUUCACUAUUUUCUUUCAGUCUGUGUUAGAAAGAGAUGUCAGAUGCGAAUCAGCCCGGGGUAUGGGAUCACAACAAAUUUUCAAGGUUGUAAGAAAUUUUGUACCAGAUAAAUAGUUGUUUUGUUCUUAUUUUAAACAAGAUAAUCACAAAGAUGUAACGUGUGUGAGUGAACAAAAAAUAAACAAGUACUUGCAAUUCAGCAAAAACAUAUUUCAAUUCUGUAAAGCACUUUCCAUGAUAUGAUAAACAUGUCCAAUGUUUUUUUGGAACUGUUGUUAUAGUGUGUGCAUGUGGACUUUUCUGUCGUGUUUGACUGAUAAAAGUGUUCUGAAAUGUUUGUUGAAGGGUCUUUUUUUGGAGGUGGGGUGAAAAAGUAACAUAUAAGGUUAGGUUAAACAAGACUGAGAAUCGCAUGUGAUCUAUGUGUACUGUGUAUUAAAAACUUUGGUAUUUGUCUA